GGUUGUUUCCCACCUCUCUCUCUCUAGAUCUCUCUCUCUCCUUAGCUUCUUCACAAGCAACAAACCUGUCUCUUGUUGGAUACAUAGUUGGCUGUUGGAACCUCUGCAACACACCCUCACCCUCACGCUCAACCUCAACCUCAACCCACCACGGCCUCCACCUCCACCGGCUAUCUCCUCCACUUUUUUUUCGUUAUAUCUUUCUACCUCUACUUUUUCUAGUUUACAAAUUUUGAUCUUUGAUCAAGAUUAAUGGUUCUACGGUAAAGAGUUAAGGCCUAGUUUGUGUUUAGUUCAAGAUUGAGAUCUUUCUGCAACUUUGAUUCAUAUUUUUUCUGAUGUAUUUUUUUUUGUGGGAUUAAUUUUAAUAUUAUAAGGUCUCUCUCCAGUCUCCUUUCUUUCUUUUUCAUUUAAUUCUCUGUGUUGUUUUUCUAUUAAGCCUUAGAUUUUCUUGAAAUUAAUAUCAUGGGUUGGUGAGAUUAGAAUAAGAUUGUCGGCAUUUUACAUCAGUUAUUAAUAUAGUAUUUGGUGAUCCUUGGAUGGGAUAACCUACUUGUGAUAAGAAAAAUUAGUUGCCAAGUAUUUUAGGGUUUAUAAAAAAAAAUGGCAUUGAGUGGUGAACACAAGGAUAUGAGAAUGCAAGGCUCUACAGGCUACAACUCAGUAGAGAUUCAACCGGAGAAAACAAGAACUUUGGAACCCAAUUCUGGUGGAUCUAAACUGAAGACACCUACAAAAAUUAGCUACCGUGAAUGCCUAAAGAAUCAUGCUGCAAGUAUUGGAGGAAAUGUGACUGAUGGGUGUGGAGAAUUCAUGCCCAGUGGUGAAGAAGGAACCCUUGAAGCCUUAAAGUGUGCAGCUUGCAAUUGCCACCGCAACUUUCACCGCAAAGAACACCACAGAGAGGCGACAGCAGCGGGGAUGAUCCACCCUCUUCCAUUCCCACCACCACUGCCUUCUCCAUCAAUAACCCAACACCGCAUGGGAGCGCACAAUAUUAACCACUGGAGUUCAAUGGCGCAACCAGUGAAAAUGGCUUUUGGUAGCGGUGGAGGUGGUGGCAGUGUAGGGACAGACUCUUCAACUGAGGAGCUCAACUUCAAUGGUUAUCAGUCCAACGCCGCGGCGGCCCCUCCACCACCGCAGUUUGUCAACAAGAAGCGGUUCCGUACAAAGUUUACUAGUGAGCAGAAGGAUAAGAUGCUAGAAUUUGCAGAAAGACUGGGGUGGAAAAUUCCUAGAGAAGAUGACACCGAAGUGCAAAGGUUUUGUGCUGAAGUUGGGGUUAAAAGACAGGUUUUCAAGGUUUGGAUGCACAAUAAUAAGAGUUCUUCUGCCAAAAAGAAUCUCCAAGAAUUUUAGGUUCUUCAAAUUGAAGUUGAGAAUUUGAAUUUCAGAGUUGGAUAAUUAGCUGGGUAGGACGAUACAACAUAAUUAGACUUAAAACCGUUGAAUACUAUUUAAUCCCAUAUGCUAAACAUGGUAUUAAGCUAUAUGCUUUAGCUUGGAAUUCAGUGUGUGUAGAAUUAGAUGUUCAAAAGGAAAGAGUAAAGUCUGUUUGGAUUUGCAGGCUUUUACUUUAGCUAUUAAGAAGUCUAUUCAAAUUUCUUGAAUGUUUUCUGGUAUGCAGCUUUUUGUUCUCUC